GUCCCGGCAGCCAUGAUGUUCACCCAGCUCCCUGACGAUGUGCUCUUCCACAUCCUGUCUCAUCUGGAUCACAGAUCCCUCAGCCGCCUGAGUCAAGUUUGUAAAAGUCUGAAUGUUUUUGUAAACCGGGACGCUGUGUGGAGGAAGGCAGCUAAAGGCUGUUUAAACAGCGGGAUAACCUGGAACGGGACAGACAUUGAUGGGACGAUCGUGGUCCACAACAGGAGGAAUCGAAUGUCUCUGCGGUUAAUGGGUCACAGCCAGGAGGUGAACUGCCUGGACACUAAAAAUGGACUCAUCGUCAGUGGAUCCAGAGACCGAACAGCUCGAAUGUGGACUUUGACCUCCAGCUCCCCCUUAGCAACAAUCUCCAUGAUUGACAGGGUCUGGUCUGUUGCUAUUAGUCCGACACAAAGCUCCUUCGUAACAGGAACGGCCUGCUGUGAGGACGCCUCUCCUCUUCGUAUCUGGGAUGUUGAGCGAUUAGCCUGUGUGUGCAGUCUGGGCUCGGACUUCCGGCGCGGUGCAGGAGUUCUGGACAUUGCAUUUGAGUCUCCGUUCCAGCUCUUCACCUGUGGCUACGAUACCUUCAUUCGACAGUGGGACCUCCGGCUCAGCCCACAGAAGUGCGUGAUGGAGUGGGAGGAGCCUCAUGACAGCGCUCUCUACUGCAUCCAGACCGACGGGAAUAACAUGAUCGCCAGCGGCUCUUCGUACUACGGUGUGGUCCGGAUUUGGGACAAGCGACAGGCUAGAUGCUUGCAGUUCUUCCAGCUAAGCUCAGACUCUGUGAGCAGCCCAGUUUACUGCCUGAGGUUCAGCAGCUCCCACCUGUACGCCGCUCUGGCCACCGCCCUGCACUGCUUGGACUUCAGACAGAACCCGGCUCACAUCACAUGACCCACACAGAGACAUUCAACCAAUAAAGAGAUAUAUUUCCUACAUGGUGACGCCUCUGGUCCUCAUGUUUCCUGCAAACUCUGGAAUACACCUCUGGAAUUAAACUUUCCUCAUGUAGGUUUGGCUUCAGAGUUUAAAGGUAUCGUGGAAGAUUUUCUCCAAAUUGUGAAAAUUUAAUUUUAAAACAAAUGCGUGUGCGAGAGCGUGCAGGAGCCCAUUUCUCCUCGUGCACGCUCUAUUUAAAAGUUCUGUUCUCAUAGCUCAUACCAGCUAACUGUGUCUGAACGUCAA